AUGGAUUCUCGAUGGUUCCAUCAAGCAACUGCCUCAAAUGGUGGGUUCAAUGACAAGAAUAAUGCAAGAGAAAAGGUGGACCUAAACCUGAAAUUAGGUUUAGCAAAUCAUGAUGAUACAAAUCAUCAAAUAAACCUGAGUGAUCUAUUCAAUAAGCCAAUCUCCAUGACGACUCCUAGCCUUUCGAACUUCAGUUUUAAUGGCCUCAUGACGACUCCAAGCCUUGCCAACUUCAGUUUCAAUGGCCCCAAAACCAAUAAUAAGGAUGUUGUUGGUCUAAACACCAAUAUUAUCGGCAACAACAGAGGAGGAAAUACUCCAAGGAAUGAGGGUGAAAUGAUGGUUGGAGGAUUUCCCUUUCAAGAUGGCCCAAUCAGCCACCUCAAUCCAUGCUCACAUGAAAUGGGGAACCAAUCCGAUUCAAUAAACUUAGGCAAUAAUAUUGUGGGCAAUGUGGCUCAAAAUACCAACUCUAUGUUACGAGCCGCUCGCUCCUCCAGGCAGAAUCUUCUAUCUCCACCAGCUACUUUGAAAAAUCGUGUACUCCUGGAUUUCUCAUCCAAGAACGAUAAGACUGGAACCUCCUCCAAAUCCAACUGGAAAUAUUCUAGGAACUGGAAAAAUUCUAGGCGUCAACCUCAAGUACGUUAUUUUAAUCUUUACAAGACAUGCAGUGAUGCUAACUGUGAGACGACUAACACUCCGAUGUGGAGAAGAGGUCCCCUUGGAGCAAACACUCUGUGCAACGCUUGUGGGAUAAGAUAUAGAAAAAAUGAAGAGAGAAAGAAGGCCAGAGAAGCUGCCAACAGGGCAGAUUGA